UGGCAGGAAUAAUGGCACAGUCUCCCGAGUCACGUUCACCAUGGCAGAAUACAGCGUCGAUGAGCUGCAAGCUCCCGUCUGGAUGAACGAUCAGUUCUUUACGGAAAUUCUGCGGAAAUCUGAGAAUGAUCCAUCGCUUGGAAUUGUGGGUGGCUAUGAACUGCUGCCAGCCACCAAACCCGGAGAUCACUACGCCAGUAUUAUGUUCAGGACUUGCAUCAGGUAUCGGUUGAAUGGACAGUCGGGUGAGCAGGAAAUCAAUUUGAUCAUCAAGGCGCAACCGAUGGCCGAUGGGUUCAAGAAGGAGAUUUCCAAGGAUAAUGCUCUGUUUGCCAAGGAGAUCAAGAUGUACAGUGAGAUACUGCCUGCUAUGGUGAAAGUGCUGAAGGAAGCUGGAGAACAUCUGGAGGUUGCCAGGUUAAUCCACGCCUCGCUUGAACCGAAUGUCGUUGUAGUCUUGGAGAGCCUAACGCCGAAAGGUUGGAUUCCUGGCCGUGAGAGUGUCGUCAGCUUCGAGGAAGCUUUUCCCUCAAUACGAAACAUUGCUAACUUUCACGCUGCAUCACUAUAUGUGAAUCAACAGAUAAUGGACCUAUCCACAAAUAGCGUGAAGGAGAUACUAGCUGAAGGUGUGGUGCUCAAUCUCUUUACCAAAGGAUUUGAGGAAUUUUGUGUCGCCAUAGGAAAAUGGGAAGGCUAUGAAUCAUUCGUCAAAAAGCUAAAAACCCUCCUCAGCUCCAUGGACCAGCGGCUUCAAGAUGCCUACACUGUGAAUCCCGCGACCGUCGGUUACAAUGUACUCAAUCAUGCCGAUUUCAGUUGGAAAAAUGUGAUGCACAAACGGAGUCCCGAUGGUCGCAAAGUGGUCGAUUCGAUGCUGAUCGACUACCAGUGCUGCCACUGGGGAUCGCCAGCCGUCGACGUGUGGAGUUUGCUGGAUCUGAUCGUGGAUAAUCGUACCAAGACGGCUCAUCGGAGCAGAAUGCUCUACGAGUACCAUAAGCAGUUUGCGAAGGUUUUGGACAAAAUGGGAUUCAUGGGGAAGAUUCCCACACUCGUGGAUCUGCAGAUGGAACUGCUGAGGAAAGGGUUCCUAGAAGUUUUACACGUGACUGUGUUCGAAAAAUACAAGUUCGUUCAAAUGACGGACACAAUGUUUGACAGCUUUGACGAAGGAAAUCCGGAUGAUCCCUGCUAUCAUAAUGAAGAGUAUUGCGAUAUAAUCCGCGCUGAACUGCUUUCGCUGUUGCAUAGAGGAUUACUGGAUUAGGUUAGCCGGUGAAAUUACUAUGUAAACAAAUAUAAGAUGAAAUAAAAUGUACGAUGAAAGUUUUCUUGAAAACCAA